AUGCCAACACCAUUUAUUCCAGUACCUGACAAUGAUUCAGAUACGUUCUAUUUUGAAGAUCGCCAAGAUUUGUCAAAGUUAGAUAAAGAUGAAGAACGAUCAGCUAAACCUUUUGAUGAACUUGAAGAUAUUGUAUCAAGGGUAAGAAUUGAUACAAAUAAAUUUCGUAUGUUAUGUGAUAAUGUUCAAAAUAGUUAUUCUAAAAUUGAUAAUUCAAUGUUUGAAUUACUUGAAUUAAAAGAUAAUUUACUUUUACAAAUUCGACCACUAAGCGUCUCUAUACGAAUAACAAUUGUUAUACCAUCAUUAUCUCGCGUUUAUUCAUUAUCUCAAGUACCUAUUAAUGAACUUGUUCAUUUUGAUCAAAUAUAUAGUCAACUAUCUGAUUCGAACCUCUACACUACCGAUCAUAGAAUGACUCUGAACAAGUCGAUAAUGGCUGUUUGUCUCGGAUCACCUGUUCAAUAG